GAUAAUUGACGGAGCCGUCAGUGCUCCGUUUCCUCUCUCUCUUCUACAUAUAUUCCCAUUUCUCUGUAUCUCUCUCUCUCACAGACACACUCACCCAUGGAUGCUGUUGCUCUCUUCUGCACUGGGGCUCUCCUGGCCGUGGGGCUCUACUGGUUCGUCUGCAUUCUGGGCCCGGCCGAGGUAAAAGGCAAGCGCGCCGUCGAUCUCUCCGGCGGCUCUAUCUCCGCCGAGAAAGUCCGAGAUAACUACAAGCAAUACUGGUCCUUCUUUCGUCGCCCGAAGGAGAUUGAAACCACCGAGAAGGUCCCCGCCUUCGUUGACACUUUCUACAACUUGGUUACCGAUAUAUAUGAGUGGGGUUGGGGCCAGUCCUUUCACUUUUCGCCCUCCAUCCCGGGCAAGUCGCAUCGGGAGGCAACGCGUUUCCACGAGGAGAUGGCCGUCGAUCUGAUCGAGGUCAAGCCCGGAGAUCGAAUUCUUGACGUAGGAUGUGGAGUGGGAGGGCCCAUGCGUGCCAUAGCGGCCCACUCGCGGGCGAAAGUGGUGGGAAUCACAAUCAACGAGUACCAGGUGAAUCGUGCGCGGCUCCACAACAAGAAAGCUGGCCUGGAUUCGCUGUGCGAGGUGGUUUGUGGGAAUUUUCUCGAAAUGCCUUUCCCAGACAACACGUUCGACGGGGCGUACUCGAUCGAGGCGACGUGCCACGCGCCGAGGUUGGAAGAGGUAUACGCAGAGAUCUUUAGGGUUUUGAAGCCUGGAUCUAUGUAUGUUUCGUACGAGUGGGUGACUACAGACAAGUACAGAGCGGAAAACCCAGAACAUGUAGAGAUAAUUCAGGGGAUUGAAAGAGGGGACGCCUUGCCCGGGCUGCGAAACUACCUGGACAUAGCGGAGACCGCGAGGAAAGUAGGGUUUGAGGUAGUGAAGGAGAAGGAUCUAGCAAAGGCGCCGGCGCAUCCGUGGUGGAGCCGGCUGAAAAUGGGGAAGAUUGCAUACUGGAGAAACCACAUUCUGGUGACGGUGCUGUGUGCAUUGGGGAUAGCGCCAAAAGGAACUGUUGAUGUGCAUGAGAUGCUUUUCAAGACGGCAGAUUAUUUGACCAGAGGAGGUGACACGGGUAUUUUCAGUCCUAUGCACAUGAUUCUGUGCAGGAAGCCUGAGGUACCACCACCACCGCACUCUACUUAGUUCCUCACUUCUACUUCCUUCCCCUUUGUGUUUUUCUACUUCGAACUUUUCUCUCCAGUUUCACCUAUUUUCAAUUUCAAUUUUAAUUUCAAUUUUUUCUUCUUCUUUUAGGGUUUUUAUUUCUUUGGUCAUUAAUUAUGGGUUUUUGUAUCCUUUUUUGAGUUUAAUUUUAUAUUUAAUUCUCGUUGGUGGAUGGAUGAAACUCAAAAACUUGAUGUGGUAAUUGAUGGAAUGAAAAUUUUGAUCUGCUUCUCUCUUU